AUGGCGGGAGGAGGAUCUCCGACCUAUCCGCCGCCGGCGAAACGCCAAAAGAAAUCGAGCGCGACCACCGCCGCCUCCAUCGGCGACGACGUGCUGCUCGAGAUCUUCAUGCGCCUCACCUCCCUCGCCACGCUCGUCCGGGCCGCCCAUACCUGCCGCGCGUGGCGCCGCGCGGUGGCAUCAUCCCGGGACUUCCGCCGCCGCUUCCGGGAGACGCACCCGGCGCCCCUGCUCGGCCUCUUCUUCGACCCUCCCGGUUCCGUCCAGGACCCUGCUCUCCCCGUCUUCCCCUCCUUCGUCCUCUCCCGCGGCGCCGACAGGGACCAGGCCGCCGCCGUCCGUGGCGGUGACUUCUUCCUUGCCUCCCUCCAGGAGCGCCCGGGCGGUCUCCACGGCUGGGACAUCCUCGACUGCCGUGGCGGGUACAUCCUCGUCGGUAACAGUGAGAAGAAAACAAUGGCAGUACUGAAUCCCAUGGCGCGACGAAGCGAAAGGUUCCUUGAUCUUGGCCAUGGCCAUCAUGAGGAGGACACCCUUCAUGGUACCCGCGGCUUCCCCCUAGUGUCCCACGACGCUUGCCACCUCUGCUGCUCCGACUCCGAGGUCUCCCUUGACGCCCGCUUGCUAUGCUCCGAGGAAGACCCCAAGUCGUUCCGCGUGGUCAUUGUUGCCCAUGACAAGCCGUCCAGGGCACGGGCGACGGUCUUCUCCUCGGACACCGGCGAGUGGUCCGUUCAUCCGUGGGUGGAUGUCCCGCCGACACCACUGCCAGAGCGCUUCAAGCUGUGGCUUCUCAACAGCAACAUGCAGGCGAAUGGGAUGCUGUGUUGGGCUUACAACGAUCUGACACACAUGCUCACACUGGACACGGCGACAAUGGAGUUCUCGGUGGCCGAGCUCCCUCAAUGCGUGAAGGCACGGGAAUGCAGCUUCGUCGUUGGCGAGACGAUCGACGGCACGCCCUUUGUUGUCUAUGCUAUGAAGUUUAGAGUUUGUCAAUUCCUGCAAACAAUGGAUGGUGAUGGCGUCAAGAGGUGGGUGAUGGACAAGGCCACCUCUGGGGUGUUUGGGUGCUCAGGAACGAAGUUUAGUUCCGUCAUAUUAGAUGUUUGGACACUAAUUAGAAGCAUUAAAUGUAGGCUAAUUAUAAAACCAAUUGCAUAA